UUGUCAUUCACUCUUUUUUUGGUCCUUGAAAAUUAUAGUUACGGAAAAAAAAGAAAAUUAAAAAAGAAAUUGAAGACACCGUCUAUCUGGGAGAAUUUGUAUGGCAUGAGGAGGUGAAAAUCUUCCAUUCACUGCGAAAACCCUAAUUUCGUGCUCGAAGGGGUUUUUCUCCCAUUCUGCUUUACUUCUCGAUCUCUUCUGGACAACGAUGAUGCAUAAUUCAACCGACGAUUCGGAAUGGGAAGUGAGACCUGGUGGUAUGCUCGUCCAGCGAAGAGACGACGCUGCCUCCUCCGACCAACCUCACCAGGAUCCCGACUCUGCUUCCGCCGUUUUCGCCCAGACCAUCAGGAUCAGUGUUUCCCAUGGCUCUUCCCAGCACGAUCUUCAUGUUUCUGCUCACGCCACUUUCGGGGAUGUGAAGAAAACCCUUGUCCAGAAAACUGGGUUAGAGGCUAUUGAGCUGAAGAUCUUGUUCAGGGGAGUUGAGAGAGAUGAUGCUGAACAGUUGCAAGCUGCUGGUGUUAAGGAUGGGUCUAAGGUUGUUCUUGUGGAGGAUCCUAAUAAGAGAGUGGAACAAGUUGAACAGCCUCCGGUGAUGACCGAAGAGAUGGCAAAGGCUAUUGCUGCUGUCGGCGCAGUCUCAGGAGAGGUCGAUAAGCUUUCGGAUAACGUUGUUGCUUUAGAGGUUGCUGUGAAUGGAGGGACAAAAGUUGCGGUGCAGGAGUUUGACAUGACUGCAGAGCUUCUCAUGAGGCAGUUGCUCAAAUUGGAUGGCAUCGUGGCAGAAGGAGAAGCUAAAGUACAGCGAAAGGCAGAGGUGCGUAGGGUCCAAAAGUUGCAGGAGGCUGUGGAUGCAUUGAAGGCAAGAUGUUCAAAUCCGUUUGUGGAUCAGAGCAAAGCAGCAGCUGUUAGCACUGAGUGGGAAUCGUUCGGAAACGGCGUGGGAAGCUUGAACCCUCCUCCACCAGCUUCGCCUUCUGCCUAUGUGACUCAAGAUUGGCAGAAAUUUGACUGACAUUUGUUUUUUGUUACGUUGCCAAAAAGAUUUAUAAAAGGAAAAAAAUGGCGUUCUUCCGUUUUCUUUUUUGUUACUAUUACUGUUAAAAUGGAAAAAUGACCAUAAAAAAUAUCGGUUUUAUCUUCGAAUGUCUAUAUGAACGUUCUAGUAUUUGAAUCUGAAUACAUGUUUUGUACGAAAUGUUCAGAAAAGUCUGAUGCCUUUUAUGUAGUGCCCGAUUUGGUAGUUUGUUACAUCUACUUAGUUUCGAU